AUGUCUUCCACAGCUACGAAUUCUAGCUCCAUGCACCUUAAUACAGUUGAACCACUCACUGGUGUCAACUAUAAGAAAUGGAAGCAAGAUCUUGAGAUCCUGCUAGGUGUCAUGGAUUGGGACUUAGCACUUAGAACUGAAGAGCCCUUUACACCAACAGAUGGAAGCACCUCAAGUCAGAAGUCUAAAUAUGAAAAGUGGCACAAAUCAAACAGAAUUUCCUUAUUGAUUAUCAAAAGAAGCAUGACCGAUGUGGUUCGAGGAGCCUUCACAGAUGCUACCAAUGCAAAGGAUUUUCUCAAGUCCAUUGAGCAGAAGUACCAAGAGUCACUAAAAACUGAGACAGAUGCUACCAAUGCAAACGAUUUCCUUAAUUGCAUUGAAGAAAAGUACUAG